AUGGACAGUCGACAGGAUGGCACACAGAGCGCCAGUUCAUGGUUGCCAAAUUUCCUCCGAAAGUCGACAGACUCCAAAAACCUGAAUCCAGACGAGAGAACUUCUCUUCUUCCCAAGCCUGACGAUGAGCCCACCAUUGGCUCUGUUGAUGAUUUCGAAUACGAGGGAAAGAGCAAGACUCAGCUCAUCCUCCAUGAAUUUUGGGUAUUGCUUAAUGGAUCAAUUCCCGUCUUUCUCGCAUACAUGCUCCAAAACUCUUUACAGACUGUUUCGGUUUUGGUCGUUGGACGAUUGAGUCCUGAAGCACUUGCAGCAGCAGCUUUCUCUUAUAUGUUUGCCAUGGCUUCUGGUUGGCUCAUCGCACUCGGAGGCACCACUGCAAUCGACACUCUUGCCUCUGCAAGUUUCACCGGAAGCAAAGAUAAGCACGAUCUGGGUAUCAUUCUCCAGAGAGCUUUCUUUGUCCUUGGGCUCCUGUAUAUCCCUGUCGCUAUUCUCUGGCUCUGCUCAAAACCUGUCUUUAUGGCUCUCGGACAGGAUGAGCGCCUGUCCGAGGAUAGCAGCAAAUUCUUGAGCGUACUCGCACUCGGUGGACUUGGAUAUAUCUAUUUCGAAUGCCUCAAGAAAUUUUUGCAAGCACAGGGUAUCAUGAGACCCGGCACAUACGUACUUCUCAUUACUUCGCCUGUGAACGCAGGUCUGAACUAUCUUUUCGUGUACACUUGCAAGAUGGGUCUCCUUGGAGCACCUCUGGCCACAAGCAUAUCGUACUGGCUAUCAUUCUUGCUUCUUCUAGCCUACGCACGCUUUGUCGCAGGCUGGGACUGCUGGGGCGGCUGGUCGAAGAAGGCCUUGCAGAACAUCGGCACAUUUACAAGACUUGCUCUACUCGGAGUGGUUCACGUAGGCACUGAGUGGUGGGCCUUUGAGAUUGUGGCUCUCGCUGCAGGAAAACUUGGAACGAUUCCUUUGGCUGCACAAUCAGUCAUCAUGACCACGGACCAAGUCCUCAACACCAUUCCCUUCGGCGUUGGAGUUGCAACAUCAGCAAGAGUAGGAAACCUGCUGGGAGGCAGAAACGCCAAGGGUGCAGCACGCUCUGCCAACGUAGCUGCGUGGUUAUCAAUGAUCCUUGGAGCCCUUGUCCUCGCCCUUUUAAUGGGGGUCAAGAACUUCUACGCGAAAAUCUUCAACGAUGAUGAGGAUGUCAUCAAGCUGACUGCAGAAGUCAUGCCUUGGGUAGCCUUGUUCCAGAUUGCUGAUGGGCUGAAUGGCUCUUGUGGUGGCUCCCUUCGAGGAAUGGGACGACAACAUAUUGGUGCCUUAGUCAAUAUUAUAAGCUAUUACGCCGGCGCCUUGCCUUUGGGCAUCUGGCUAGCUUUCCAUGGCUGGGGUUUAGCGGGUCUCUGGAUUGGCCAGUGUAUCGCGCUGUACUUGGUCGGUUUUGGUGAAUGGGCGAUCGUUGCAUGGAGCGAUUGGAAUCAUCAAGUUCGAAAAGCCUUUGAGAGGAUGGAGCAUGAAGAACAAGUAGAGUCUGGUCUGGCAGACAAUACCGAUGGCUAUCAAAGGGAGGAGAGCAGAUAG